AUAAUUGACACUUUGAAAGAACACGACAAAAUGGCUCGAAUAUGGCAUAUCGAGGACGGUACCUUACACUUUCUCCGCGAAGAACAAAUAAAACGCUUAUUCGACAACGAUGCAGAGCUCACCACGAUUGAUAUCGUGCAUUCUAGAUACCCCACAACCGAUAGCCAAGACUUCAGAUUUAGCAUUAGCGAUAUGAAUAUUCAAAUUCAUGAUAUGGGAGGCCAGCCAACGGAACUGACUGCUAUUCAGGCAAAAUUGCCUGAGUUCAUAAAUCAUUGGGUUGCUCAAGACCGCGAGGGAUACAAAAACUUUGUACUGUUUGUGACUUCAAUGGCAGACUUCAAUGUACCCGAUGAGGAUGAACCCACCAAAACAGCUCUAGAACGAAGUGCCAAGAUACUUGAGAGAAUUUUGAGUGAGGAUAUAGUGCGAAGCUGCGGACUGCUCAUCUUUUUCAAUAAACAAGACAGAUUUGACGAUAUAGUAACGUAUCUGCAAAGGACAAAAGAAGGUCGAGCAGAAAUCGAGAAGUUCCUUGGGAACACGAUGAAUGAACAUGAUAAAACGAAGCUUAGCGCUGGAAAUUGUAAUGUCACAGCACUAUAUGACGCGCUAGCAAAUAAGUUUGACCAAGUUAUAAAAAAGAAACGACGAGGAGCAUACGAUAGGGGAGUAUAUAUGAGAUUUACGCAAGCCGUCGAUCCCAAAAUCAUGGCAGACAUCUUCAACGUGGUCAAGAACGAAAUUAUAGGCGACUUCAUAAGGAACGGCACUUACAUAGCAGUAUGA